AUGGCGAAAAUAGGCACAGAAGACUUGGCGAUCAUGUUCAAGGAACUGAUCAGAGAAGACCAGAAGAGCCUCAGGGAAUUGAUGAGAGAAGAAAGGCAAGAAAUGAUGGAGACAUUUCUGCAGCACAUCGCCGGUACUGGACAGCCCACUUUCUGUCCUGAUGGUAAGCUGGAAGAAAGUGAUAUCGAAGCUGCGCUUGCAAAUAUCAACGAGAAACGAUCGAAUGUUGUAAAAGGGGACGCAGGCCCCCUGCCAGCGGGGAAGAACAUGAAUAAAAUAGUGAGUGAUAUAGAUAACCAAAAAGUGAUAAAGUAUCUGCAUUAUGAGGAUGAUAAUCCAGUUGACGAAGUCAAUGAAGGAUGGUAUAACCAAGGGCUUGCCGCUGAUAAUCUUGAAUCACUCAUUGAUUCUGGGAAAUCGAAGGUCACAUACAACAGUGAUUCAUAUUCAGCCACCGAAUUCACUAAUCCCAUUCGAGCUUCAACAACAGAACUUGGCUGUGCACGAGCAUCUGGAGAUUGCGAUGAUAUCUAUGUGCUCUGCUUUACAAAUCAACCACAGUUAGAGAACGGAUAUACCAUAUACGAGGUCGGAGAUGGAGCAUGUACUUCUGAGGCGGGCUGUGAUCCUGGUACAUCAUGCGACACUGGCACUGGACUAUGUGAAAUUGCUGCCGAGACCACGACAACAGCAGCAAAAGAAACUGCUACCAUCAAGCCAGCCAGCUAUCCUGGAGAGCUACCCAGCGGAACCAAUACACAGUGCUCGAGCAAUGUCGGAAUGACUGAUGAACUCAGAAUGCAAUUCCUAGACACGCAGAACUACAGAAGAAGCAUCCUCGCGAAAGGCGGCCAAGUCAAAAGACCAAGAAACAUUCUACCAUCUGGAGCAAAUAUCAUAAAACUGGUUCUACUACCUAUGGUGCGAAUUAUCCAGUCAAAACUUAAUUUCAACUGCACUCUGGAAGAGGAAGCUAUUCAAGAAGUACGACAAUGUUUUGCAUCUAAGACACCGCAUAGUAAGUAUGGUAAAAACUUCAACACCUUCGCAUCGAGUACCGUUGUAUCAACUUACAAAGAUGCAGUAAAAAAGGCUGUGACAAAUUGGUGGAAAGUGGUUCGUACCGAAAGCAAUGGUCCAGGAAUGCAAGUGACAUUCCGUAGUAAUCAUGUGAAUCAACCUGUAGAAUCUUAA